AUGCCUCGUCCACGCGUGAAGGAUGAAGACCGAAAACGAGUGGCGCGGGCCUGUGACACCUGCAAGCGGCGCAAGGAGAAGUGCGACGGCAAUAGACCCUGUUUGCUCUGCAAGCGGCGUUGCCGCGAGGAUGAAUGCAUCUUUACAGAGGCCUACUCCAAGCGAGGUUCACAGCGCCAGAGCAGCACUGCGUCGUCCCAUCCCAUUACCCUCAAGGAUGCUCUGAACGAGUCCAACGAUGCCGAGAUCGCCAUCGAAUCGCUACUGACACUGUCCGGUUCGAGAAGCGCUCCAAAAUCUCCCCAGUACGAUAAAGACCAGGACGCACUCGUGUCGAGAGCGCCGGUGCCGAAGCUGGCCAGACUGCUCCGCGAUGGUCGCGGCAAGUUCAUCUUUGUAGGCGAUUCGAGCAACCUGGCAUUUGUCCAGAAUAUCCGGCGCUUGGUCAAAGCAGAGAUCGGGGAGUGUCAAUUGACCUCGGAUCCUCUUCGACAUGCCAUGUGCGAAGUCAUUCCGCCGCCCAAGGCGCCGACGCCUGCACAAUCGCAACAUCCUAAGCCCACCUUGGCCGAGGCUCAGGAUCUGAUCAAGCAUUAUCUACUGGCGUCGAGUGGCGUAAUUGACCUGUUUGACCCUGACGAUAUCACCCAGCAUCUGUGCGCAUGGACGCACGAUCCCGCCGCCGAAACGGAUUUCAACAGUUCCAUCUAUUAUCUAGUCAUGGCCAUCGGGGCAUUGACUCGCAGCGCAUCCGACCUGGAUCAGGCAGAGUUCUAUUUCUCGCGCGGUCGAGAGAUUGGGGUCUCGAGUUUCUUGGAAGAUCCCAGCGUCUUGACCAUCCAGGCCUAUGCCCUGAUCACCUUCUACAUGUUGUCUGCCGUGAGAAGAAAUGGCGCCUUCAUGUUGCUCGGCAUUGCGGUUCGAGCCGCAUACGCUCUAGGGUUGCACCGAAGUGAUAUAUCAAACUUGUUCGAGCCGAGAGAAAGGCUUGCGCGGGAGCGAGUGUGGAAGAGUUUGCGUGUCCUUGAUCUCUAUAUGAGCGGCUCUCUGGGCCGACCGCCUGCAACGUCGGAAGUAGAUGGUGGGAGUGUGUCUUGGAACCGAUCGACGAGAGACUAUGAAGAUAUCCAGAUGAAUGGACGCAACACCUCGGCGACCCUAAGGAUAUGUUUCAUCUUCGAGCGGAUAUUGAACGAGGUUUAUUGUCGUCGAGAAGUCUCUGUUCAGCUCGUGGAAAGCAUCAGUCGACAAUAUCGAGACUGGACUAUGCAGCUGCCGGCAGGCCUGCAAGCUGACAGUUUGGACCAGAAAGGCGGCUCCACUGCUCCGACCUUGAGACAGACAAUUGGAAUCGCUCACUUGAAGGGAGCUUAUUAUUGGUCGAUUAUUCUUUUGACCAGGCCAUUUCUGAUCUUCAAGGUGUCCUCAAAGAUAAAAGGCCGCCCAGAGGACGAGGACAGCGCAGGAAACUCGGUCACAAUGACUCUGAGUGAGGCAUGUAUUGACGCUGCACUGAGAAGCAUCGAAAUUGCGACGGAUAUUGUUCAUACUCCGGGAGUACCUAAGCGAUUGUUCAUGAUCACCAACAGCACAUUCAUAUCGGCCAUGGUGAUCGGAUUUGCCAUUUUUGGUGACUUUGACAAGUCGUUUCCGUUGCUCAGCAGCAUUGCCCAAGCCGAAGCUAUCUUAACAAUUAUGGCAAAGGAUGACAUGUCGGCGCGUCGACACUAUGAGAUAACCAGCUAUCUGCGCCUUGCCGCAAUCGAGCAUAUCCGAAGGCGGGACCAGAUGCAAAUGCAGAAGCGAAGGCAGGACAUCCACAACAUUUUUGGUGACCCAAUCAACAAGACAAACGGUGCCGGCUCGAGCAAAGCGACUACCGGCAAUCACACCCCCAGUCAGGUUUCGGUCUCAGAAGCUGCUCAAAACAACGAUAACGCGGUUCCUCUGUUUGAUGCCCCGGAAGAGUCCGGUGAUUCCGCGCCACCUUGGCAGCUGCGAUUUGACAUGCCGACUGAGAGCCGCGGCCCUGUAUUGACCACCUCUGGCGUUUUGGCGUGCAAUGGCGAGGAUUCUGUUGAUCCUAUCCCACCUUUGCCGCGCACCGAUUUCGGGCAGAUACCAGAGGCAGAUUACCUCUCACCGGAGGGUUCCGGCAUACCGAGUCUCCCUUCGUACACUGAAGAAUUUCCUCUCUUCUCGUUGAUGACGGAGUUUGAUCAACUGCAGGAUCCUUUCUCGAUGGUCAGGACAUGA